AUGGCAUUUUUGGAAUGGGAAGAUUAUGUCAUAUUCAUCGUAACACUCAUCUUUUCCCUGGGAAUUGGUUUAUAUUAUUCUGUAAGGGACUCAGAAAAGAAGACAACGAACUAUUUUUUAUUAGGAGAUGGUAAUAUGUCCAUAUUUCCUGUUGCAAUGUCAUUGAUGGUAUCAUUUGAGUCAGGGAUCAUGAUGCUGUCUAUUCCUGCUGAGGUCUACAUGUACGGCAUGCAGUGGUAUAUGUCUAUCAUUUCUAUGUUUGUAUCCAACAUGCUGACGAUGCAUCUCAUCAUACCAACACAAAGGAAGCUUAACAUUACUAGUUUGAACCAGUAUUUUGAGCUUCGAUAUAAAUCCCAUGGACUGAGGCUGUUUUCUACGGUGAUCCGUUUACUGGCUGUGACAAACUAUCUUGGCAAUGUUGUGUUUGUACCAGCUGUAACAUUGGAAAUAGUGGCUGGAAUCCCAGUAUGGAUCUCUAUCGUAACAUUGAUGGGCGUUGUAGUAAUCUAUACAAUAAUUGGAGGUUUCCAAGCAGUCGUCUGGACAGACGUUUUCCAAGCCUUCUUCAUGUUUGGCGGUAUAUUUGCCAUCCUUAUCAAGGGUACAAUAGAGGCAGGUGGACUGACCAAAACAUGGACCAUAAUAACAGAAAAGGGAAGAGUCAACCUACUGAACUUUGAUCCUGAUCCAACCCUGCGUCAGUCAUUUUGGAGUUUGAUGAUCGGUGGUAUUACAAGUGGACUUGAACUACAGUUUAGUCAGGCGACUUUCCAAAGAAUAAAAGCAACACCGACAUUAUCAACGACUAAAAGAAUGUUUAUUCUAGCUUCGGUAUUGUCUUUGUUGAUCUCUGGUCUGGCGGUAAUUGAGGGCGGUGUCAUGUUCGCCUUCUACCAUUCAAAGAGCUGCGACCCUCUUGAAGCCAAGCAAGUUCUUAAUGAGAACCAGCUGAUAGCUAAAAUGGUACGAGACAUAUUCCACGACACGCCUUGUCUACCAGGGCUGUUUCUUGCGGCUGUUUUUAGUGCAUCUCUGAGUACAAUGUCGUCACUGUUAAACUGCCUAUCCGCGAUUUUCUGGGAGGAUAUUGUCAAACGCCAUACGAAACCGAUGUCGGAGAAAAAAGCAGUUUUGAUUACACAGUCGUCGGUCUUACUAUUUGGAGGCCUGGCUGUAUGUUUAGCCUUUGGUAUAUCUGGAAUUGAAGGUCCUGUGUCAAGGAUACUCGAUAUAACUGGAGCUUGUUUAUCUGGUACCCUUAUAGGACUGUUCCUACUUGGUAUGUUCGUGCCAAGAGCAAAUUCAUUGGGUGCUUUAGUUGGUGGACUGGCCUGCUUCCUUUUCAUUGGCUGGAUCUCUCUUGGAAAGUUGAUUUCGUCGGGUGUCCGUGUUAAUGUCAAAUUAGAGUCCGCAUCAACAGAAAGAUGUCCACAACUGGAUACUUCUCUGAUCACAAAUUAUACAACUACAUACAACCAGACAUCAACCAUUACGAUGCAGGAUGUCACAGAUCUGACAUUACAGACAAACCAAACACUCAUAUUUUCUGAACCACAAGGCCUGGAUAUUCUCUACUCCAUAUCCUACAAAUGGUUACUGCCACUUGGUAUAGUUUUGGUUUUCUCCGUCGGAUCACUUGCCAGCCGUCUACAAGCUCAGACGCCGGUAGAUCCGCUGUAUUACGUCCCAGUUUGUGAUUACCUGAAUGACUACAUUUGUGCACCAAUCAGAAGAAUAUUUGGAUGUGACGUAAAAUAUUCUGCCACUGAUACGACUGAAGAUGGAACAGCUGUGAAUGAACUGAUAGAGGCGGCACCUACAAACGGAAAUACAAUUAUAUAA